CGGCGCUGAGAGCGAGGCCGGGCCGGGCCGAGGCGGUGGCUGCGGAGGAGACGGCAGCAGAAAAUGGCGGACCGGUUCUCCCGCUUCAACGAGGACAGGGACUUCCAGGGUAAUCAUUUUGAUCAAUAUGAAGAAGGACACUUGGAGAUUGAACAGGCAUCUCUAGACAAGCCAAUAGAAUCGGAUAAUAUUGGACACCGCUUACUCCAGAAACAUGGGUGGAAGCUGGGCCAGGGAUUGGGAAAAUCACUUCAGGGUAGAACAGAUCCCAUCCCUAUCGUCGUCAAGUAUGAUGUCAUGGGCAUGGGCCGGAUGGAAAUGGAGCUUGAUUAUGCCGAAGAUGCCACUGAACGGAGGCGUGUACUGGAGGUGGAGAAAGAAGACACUGAAGAGCUGAGGCAGAAGUACAAGGAUUAUGUCGACAAAGAAAAGGCAAUUGCCAAGGCCCUGGAAGACCUCCGAGCAAACUUUUACUGUGAACUCUGUGACAAGCAGUAUCAAAAACAUCAGGAGUUUGACAACCACAUAAACUCUUAUGACCAUGCUCACAAACAGAGGUUGAAAGAUCUCAAGCAAAGGGAGUUUGCUCGCAAUGUCUCUUCAAGAUCACGUAAAGAUGAGAAGAAGCAAGAGAGAGCCCUCCGGCGUCUACACGAACUGGCUGAGCAGAGAAAGCAACCUGAAUGCGCUCCUGGAAGCGGGCCCAUGUUCAAAACGACCACUGUGGCUGUAGAUGAAGAAGGUGGUGAUGAUGAUAAUGAUUCAGCAGCUAUCAGCAGUUCUUCCAUCCAAACAACUUCUAGCCAGGCUACAGAAAUAACCAUGGACAGGGGAGUCAUUCUGAACACUGGACAAGUCAGCAGCACUGUUCCGUCAGGCGGCCAGAUGCCAAUCCAGGCAACACAGGCAAUCAGUUUUGGCAUUAAGAAUAAUUUGGGAACUCCACUGCAGAAGAUAGGAGUGUCAUUCUCCUUUGCCAAGAAGGCUCCAGUAAAGCUUGAGUCUAUAGCAUCUGUUUUCAAGGACCAUGUGGAGGAAUCGAGUCCUGCAGAUGGAACAAAAACUGAGGAGAGAGCCUCCUCCGAUCAAGGGACUUUGCAGAAGACCGGUGAGGCCGAGACCACAAAUAGUCCUGACAACAGAGUUGAAGAUGAUGACCAGCACGAAAAAGACAAUGGAUCUCUUGCCACUACAUUAUCUAAGUUAAAAAAGAUGAGAAGAGAAGAAGGACCAGUGCCACUAGAGCCAGAAUAUUAUCAUUAUAUUCCCCCAGCCCAUUGUAAAGUAAAACCGAACUUUCAGUUCCUGCUUUUCAUGAAGUCCACAGAGCAAAUGGAAGCAGAAAAUGCAAGCAAAAAAACGGUGCAUGAAAGUAAAAAGAGUAAUUCUCCAAAACCCAAAGCUGGCAAGCACACAGAAAAGGCAGCCGAGUGCACUUUGCAGCAGAAGGAGCCAAGUACAACUGAACUUGCAGAUCACAGAAGCAAAACAGAAGCAAAAGAAAUUCCAGAAAAUGCAAGUGUACAAGAAAGCAAGCUGUCUACAGAAAGCAAUCCCCCAGAUCAAGACACUACUAAAGAAGCCACUCAGCCUGUCCCUGGUUGUAAAGAAGUCAUCGAGGGACCAAAGCAUCCAAUGGGACCCUUUUUCCCAGUUUUGAGUAAAGAUGAAAGCACUACUUUGCAGUGGCCAUCAGAACUUCUUAUAUUCACCAGGGCAGAGCCAUCUGUUUCAUACAGUUGUAAUCCCUUGUAUUUUGAUUUUAAGCUGUCACGUAACAAAGAUGCUAAAGCGAAAGGAGCAGAAAAACCUAGAGACACAUUAGGCCUUUCUAAGGAAAAUAUACAGUCCACAGAAUUUAGUCACAUAAGCAAAAGCAAAGAAAGAGGAAGCACAGCUAACAGUUCUGCUGCAAAACCAGAAAAUAAACUUGUCUCUGUCUGUGGUACCCAGAGCAAGCAGGAGUCCAGCUUGGCAAGCGUUGGCAAAGUGGAAGAAACAGAUGACAGUAGUAAAACUCUAACCAGUAAAAAAGACAAGGCUGGGAAAUCCCACAGACAUAAAAAGAAAAAGAAGCACAAAAAGUCCAGCAAGCACAAACGUAAACACAAGGAAGAAGCUGAAGAGAAAAGCCGAAAAACUGACACGAGGGAGGAGAAACCCAAGAAACGGAAAAAACACAAACACAAAAAAAGCAAAUCGUCUCUUCCUACUGAAUCUGAGCGGGUGCUGAAACCUGACGUGCCCGAGGAGGGGAGCCAUCUGCAGAAAAAAAAACACUGCUUUCAGGACCCUCAGCGGAAGGCACUCUCUGCGGAAGAGGGGACUAGUGGCAAAAAAGAGGACAGUGGUAACUCUUCCCAAGAGCACAGCAGCAAAAAACACAAGACUGACCUGCAGCUAUCAUCUUCUGCCUCAAAGAAGCGGUGUUCUGCUCCUUCUUUUGGCAGGUCCAGCCAUAGGAGCCGGCAGAGUAGUGGGGACUAUGAAAGUGAUGAAGGCUCUCACCGAAAAGACUUCCGACAGAAAUCCAUGUCACAGUACAGUGAUGACUAUGACUCUGGUAGCGACCACUCCAGAAGCCGUUCCAGAUCAGGGCGAAGACAUUCUUCUCGCAGGUCCUCUCGAAGGUCAUAUUCAACGAGUUCUGAUGCCUCUUCAGACCACAGUAGGUAUAGUCGCAGGAGAAGUUAUUCAGAUGAUAGCUAUACUGACUACAGUGACAGAUCAAGGUGUCAUUCAAAGAGGUCUCAUGAUUCAGAGGAUUCUGACUACAACAGCUCAAAACACAGAUCAAAAAGGCACAAGUACUCCUCCUCAGAAGAUGACUACAGUCUAAGUAGAAGCAGGUCUAGAAGUCGAAGCAGGAGCCGAACCCACACUAGGGGAAGGUCAAGAACAAGAAGUCGGGGUAGAACACGGAGCAGCAGUUGUAGCCGUAGUCGAAGCAAGAGGAGAAGUCGAAGCGUAACUGGCCGCAGUUGGAAACGGAGUCGGAGCUACAGCAGAGAUCGCAGCCGGAGCACAAGAAGCCAUUCACAGAGAUCUCUUUCAAGAAAGGGCUCUCGGGAUCAUGAGAGCCCUGAAGACAGGAGAUCUGGGCGAAGAGACUUCAUCAGAUCCAAAAUAUAUCGCUCGCAGUCUCCGCACUAUUUCAGAGCAGGCCGAAGUGAAGGGGCUUUGAAAAAAGAGAGCAGAGGAGAUGAAACAAAGGUAACUAGUUCUCUCCCUCAAAAUAGCUGUAGUUCUGGCUUGUUAAAAGCUCCUGAAAGUGAUUGUGGUCCAGAAGAAAAGAACUCGGUCACAGCAAAACUGCUGCUAGAAAAGGUUCAGUCCAGGAAGGUUGAAAAGAAGCCCAGUGCUAAUGAUGAAAUGCUAGCAGGGACGAACAAGGUUGGGAUAAAACUUAAAGAUCCUCCACAGGGGUACUUUGGCCCUAAGCUUCCCCCCUCAUUAGGCAACAAACCAGUUCUCCCUUUAAUUGGGAAGCUCCCUACGAUCCGAAAACCAAAUGCCAAGAGGUAUGAAGAGCUGGGAGUAGAGAGGGGUGAGGAACAGGAGCUGUCAGAGGCUGAGGAAGUCCCCCAGGGUAGCAUGGAGAGUCAGUUGGCAGUCCAGCCUCUGCUGGAGGAGGAGGUGGUGAUGCUGCUGCAGGACAAACCGCUGGAAGAACAGAAACCUGCUGAACCUGCUGUGGAAACGCCACCAGUUCCUCUUGAACCGCAGGCACUUCCCGAAUGCUACAGUUCUGGAGAACUAAUUAUGCCCCACAACUAUCUCUCUGAUCCCAACGAUGGUGAUGCAUUAGAAGCCGUGGAGAGUGGUAACCCGCCUGUCCCUGUAGAAACCAGCAUGAUGCCUUUAGUUCCAGAUGUUGAACACUUUCCUGGGUACGUGACUCAGAGUGGGGAGCCAAGCAUGGAUGGAGAGCCGGAAGGAGCAGAAGAUUCCUCCCUGGCACCACUUGAGAGCCAACCAAUCACUUUCACACCUGAAGAAAUGGAGAAGUACAGUAAGCUUCAGCAAGCAGCUCAGCAGCACAUUCAGCAACAGCUUCUAGCAAAGCAGGUCAAAACCUUCCCUGCUUCAGCAGCGCUGGCCCCAGCAGCACCUGCGCUGCAGCCGAUCCACAUUCAGCAGCCGGCAGCCGCGUCCGCAACAUCCAUCACCACUGUGCAGCAUGCCAUUCUGCAGCACCAUGCCGCUGCGGCGGCUGCAGCUAUCGGGAUUCACCCGCACCCUCACCCCCAGCCUCUGGCUCAGGUUCAUCAUAUACCCCAGCCCCAUUUGACCCCCAUUUCAUUGUCCCAUUUAACCCAUUCCAUUAUUCCAGGGCACCCUGCUACAUUUCUAGCCAGCCAUCCCAUACAUAUCAUUCCUGCGUCUGCUCUCCAUCCAGGCCCCUUUACCUUUCAUCCUGUUCACCAUGCUGCUCUUUAUCCAACCCUUCUUGCCCCUCGACCAGCUGCUGCUGCAGCUGCUACAGCGUUACAUCUUCACCCUUUGCUGCACCCCAUUUUCUCAGGUCAGGACUUACAGCACCCUCCCAGUCAUGGCACAUGAAGAGAAAGUAACUCCGCCUCCGAGAAUGGAGACUUGCACAUUUCGAAAAGGGGGGGGAAGGUGAUCCAGCUGACAGGUGAGAUCUGAGAAUUUCCUUUCACUCGUAGCAGCUGAGGAGGUGGGUUCUGGCUUGAAGGCCAGACCUGUGGUGCAGCAGUUCAGUUUUGUGCGUGUUGUGUGCAUUUGUUUACUAUUAGGGAUUUUCUCACAUUUCCACAUCUGAGAGAACAUAUUUAUGUAGCAUCAUCAUGGCCCAGAUGAGUCCUCUCAAAUUCAGAGAGACAAGAUGCUUUGUGAAAGGCUUUUUUCCCUGUAUUCUUACAUCUUUAUUCAUCUUCCUUCUGCUCUCUUGUAAAUUACAUACAGGGUUUCAUACUCUGGCUAAUGGUUGUCUCUCUCAAAUCCUUGUAAUGAGGUCAUCUAAUUAAAAUGGUCUACAUGAUUGAAUCCUGGUUGUAAUCAGUGAUGCUGCAUGCAUAAAACAUUUAGUAACUGACAGCUGUGUCCUGCCAAGAGGACUUUGCUGGAAGGUCAUGGCCACUCUUGGUUUUGCUGGGGCAGUAACCAGUUAGCAGACAUUGCAGAAGAGUUCUUGGUACCUGAUGUCACAUCCCCCACUGUCUGACGUACGCAGUGAAGGUGGAAAUAGGAUUUAAUUUUAAAGCUUUACUGAACAAAAGAGCUAACGGUUCAAAGCUGGGCACUUCUCCAUCCUGCGUUAACAUUCUGCUCUCAGGUGAGGACUGUGCGCUGAAGCCUUUUGUGUGAAACAGAGAGGUGUUCUCAGAUUGCUGGCUUGUGACUUUGGUCUAGCCUUUGACCACUGUACUCUUGAGAGAGAUCUUUCAUGCUCCGAUCUCCCAAAGUGGUGUAAAAAAGAGGCAUUUGAUUGAGAAUGAAAGAAAAAUCCCUUCCUGAGUUGAAGCAAUAUGGAGGACCGGAACCCAAUAACAAUCUGGAGAAAUUAACCAGAAUAUGUAAAGUGUAUUCCUUUCUCUGUAAUAUUGAUGUUUGUUUAUUAAUUUAUAGGAUUUUUUUAAAUGUAAAGACUUGCACUGAACUCUGUAAACGUAAAAAUGCUGCUUUUUGUAGCUCCUAUAAAAAAGGUUACAUAUUUGUAGUAUACUGCAAUAAUAUUUUUUACAGCCAGUUCUUUUAGUGGUACUUGUUCUGGUGGCUUUUGUGUAAAUAUGUUUGCUGUAGUUGAAAUAAGACACUUGUAAAGGCUAACCUUACCGUUUCAGCUAGAUACAAAAUGACUAAGCAUGUAUAUUUUAUCAAGCUCAUGUAUUUUUGGAGUUUUUAUGGACUAUAAAAUGUAAAAAAAAAAAAAUCUUCAUUUAGCAUUUUGCAGAAGAAAAAUGUGAGAUUUGGAAUAAAUGCGGUGCAUUGAAGACACUGAUGACUCUAACAGCUAAUGAAUUGUAUCACGUUGGAAGGUGACGACUGCUGGAUUUGUAAAAUGCUGUACAGAUGGAAGCAACAUAGGUAUAUAUUGCAUGCUUGUGAUCUGGAGCUAAGCUGCCAGCUUCAUAGGAACCUGAUCCUGAUGGCAGAUUCAGGAGUGUCAGGAAAUUGGGCUAAGUCCCGUAUAGAACAAAAUGCCCAUGUUCAUUCCUGGGUUUGAACCACUGACUUGCAGAUGUCACCCUACCUACUUGUCAGGCACAAGUCCAAUAUUCCAAUGAUAAAAGAACCGUUAGCUUUAAAAUGUGGCUCUUUAUUUUGAGUGAAGUUUUUUGGUUGAUCACUAAUUCAUUUAGACUCCUCCCACCUGUGACCUUUUUCUGAAGGGAUUUGUUCACAUAUCAGCCCCAUUACUUCAGAGAAUACGAACUCUGGAAGUUCAGUCCCUCUGCUAAAUUGCUGUUCCCAUUGCAUCAGCCCUAAAACAGGAGCUCUCCUGCUUGGUUUGGAGGAGUGAAAGUCCACUCUCUGGUUUAAUGCAUUUUUCAAAUGUGCGGGGCUCCAUACCCUCUCACAGUUCACAGUAACUCCCUUGUGAUUAGAUUGGAAACAUGGCCAGAUUCCAUGCUCUGUGCUGUCAGACCCAGGCCGAGACAGGCCUGCUCUGAGAUGAAGCAACAAGCAUGCUGUGGCUACAAGCAUAACUAGCAUUCCUGUUCUUCCCUUUCCUCCCCAUACUCCCUGAGCACUGUAGAACUGAGAAAUCUGGAGUGUAAAUGCAAAGGAUUUGAAGCCCUGAGAUUGCUCGCUA